AUGCGGGUACUUAAAUAUGCUCUGCUGACCCUGCUUACUCCUGGCCUGAAAAUUUCGACGGCCGAGUGCACUUCCAAGGAUACCAUCGAUUCAGAGCGAUAUGAUUACAUCGUCGUCGGAGCAGGCGCCGGUGGCAUGCCUGUGGCAGACAGGCUUUCCGAGGCGGGUCAUAAGGUCCUCUUGAUUGAAAGGGGACCGAUUUCAUCUGGUCGAUGGUUUCCCGAGGAGGCUUUACUCAAAGAUCAACUUUCUUUCGACAACUGGCGACCGGAAUGGCUCAAGGGCACCAAUCUCACCAGAUUCGACGUUCCAGGUCUAUGCCAAAGAAUCUGGGUAGACGGGAAGAAUGUCACGUGUGACGACAUCAAUGAGAACACAUCUGGCUGCGUCCUUGGCGGAGGAAUGGCCGUCAAUGCGGGUCUCUGGUGGAAGUCUCCUGACAUUGACUGGGAUCAAAAUUAUCCAGAGGGUUGGAAGGCAGCAGAUAUGAAGGUUGCCGCGGACGCGCUUUUCAAGAGAAUACGCAACUGA